CCUGUUUAGCACGUCUUCUAAGGCUCUAAGCUAACAAAAUGCUAUAAAUAACCCAACGCUUCACCUCCUUUCUCUUCUAUGUUUUUCUCUCGUUUUCUUCACUCUCUCAGCCUCAGCGCCCUCUCUCCCUUUCCAUUUCCCUGUGCAUAUAUUUCUAGGGUUCUCUGCGAUUCCUAUUGCUUCAAGACGUGUUUUUUAUUUCUUUUCUUCAUUCAUCUUCAUCUCGUAAUCUCGUCUCUCGGUGUUCUUCCUCUCCAAUAAAUAGCUUUGGACCUUUGGCGAUUGGCGAUUGGCGAUUGGCGAUUGGCGAUUACUGUUUGUAUUCUGAAUCCGAGGUAUCUGCAUUUCAAAUCUCGGUCCUUGUUUCCGUAUUGAUCUGUUGUCGAAGGAGGUUUCAGUUUCCUGGUGCUCAAGAAUCAGUGUUAAUUAACUUUUUUCGGUGUGAUGAAUGAUGACACGAGGGUUUUGUUUUGAAGCUUCUUUUUUGUUUCACACUGAUUGGGAUUUUGGAUCCUGGUUGUCGACGCACCUUCUGUAAAUUACGGAUCCAAAUGCUUGAUCACUUCCGUGCUGCCUAACAUCUGGGGUUUGCAUCAUCAUUUGUACCUGCCAAGAUUGUUUGGGUAUAUCAGUAUAAUAAGCGCCUCUUUUUUGUAUUUCAUGAAGAGACUAGGAGCAUUGUGCUGGGAUAUAUAGAGCUAUUUAGCAUUCCUUUCUCAACAUUCAAUGAAAAAUAAUGUUCUCUUAUCUGACAUAAAUGCGGUGUAGUUUUGGAGAUGAAAAGUUUUCAGGAAGCCUGUGCUUGAUGGACUGCUCACAUAACAGCAGUGACAAGAAAACUUUGAAGAGGUGGUUUUUCAUUGACAAAAGGGUUGGGUAAAAAUUACCUGUGAGAGUGCUUUGAAUUUUCUGACACCAUUAAUCUUGUAAGAACCAGCUAUUCCAUUUCUUAAACUUCAUACAAACGUUAUCAACCAUUUCUUGUAAUCUGGAUCCAAUGGACUUAAAAUCAAACCAUGCUGCUCCUGUUCUUACUGAUCCUGCACCCAUUAGCAAAUCAAGAUUAGGCAUCCAUUCCAUGUUGCCUUACUCUUCCCCAGCAGCAGCGUUCUCAUCUGGCCUGUAUCCAACAAAUCCUAGGAAGAAGCCCAUUCCUGGGAAACUUGAUGACGUCCGUGCCAGUGGGUGGCUUGAUGCAAUGCAAUCUUCUUCACCUCCUCGCAAGAAGUUAAACAAAGAAUUGAAUGUUGAGGUUUCAUCAGAUGACGCUGAUGUUGCUUACCGCUCCUGGAUGCUCAAGUAUCCAUCGGCACUUUCAUCUUUUGAGGAAAUCAUGAAUCAUGCCAAGGGGAAGAGGAUAGCAUUGUUUCUGGAUUAUGAUGGGACCCUGUCACCAAUUGUAGAUGACCCUGACUCUGCGUUUAUGUCUAACACUAUGCGUUCUGCUGUAAGAACUGUUGCAAAGUAUUUACCAACAGCAAUAAUAAGUGGAAGAAGUCGUGAUAAGGUGUUUGAAUUUGUAGGGCUAACAGAACUCUAUUAUGCUGGUAGUCAUGGGAUGGAUAUCAUAGGUCCAGUCCAAAAUUCUGUGUCCAUUGUUGACCAUCCAAACUGCAUUAGGUCUAGUGACAAGCAGGGCAAGGAAAUAUAUCUUUUCCAGCCUGCUAGUGAAUUUUUACCCAUGAUUGAUGAGGUUUUUAGAUCCCUUGUCGAGAAAACUAAAGAAAUUGAAGGUGCAAAAGUUGAGAAUAACAAGUUUUGUGUCUCUGUACAUUACCGUAAUGUAGAUGAGAAGAAUUGGACUACAAUUGCACAAUGUGUCCAUGAUGUACUAAAAGACUACCCACGUCUACAGUUAACUCAUGGCCGAAAGGUUCUAGAGGUCCGUCCUGUGAUCAACUGGGACAAAGGGAAAGCAGUCGAGUUUCUACUAGACUCACUUGGGCUAAGCAAUUCUGAUGACGUGCUUCCUAUAUAUGUGGGAGAUGACCGAACAGAUGAAGAUGCGUUUAAGGUCUUGCGAGAGAGGAAUAGGGGUUAUGGUAUCCUAGUGUCUUCUUGGCCAAAAGAAAGCAACGCAUUCUACUCUUUGAGAGAUCCAUCUGAGGUAAUGGAAUUUCUCAAAUCUCUGGUGAAAUGGAAUCAAUCCGAUGGAACAUGUAAAAGAGUAGGAGCAUAACAUGGUUCGGACAUAGUUAUAUUUCUGUAGUUUCUGACAAAUAAAAUCGGGGCGGGCUGAGGAGUUAGUUACUCCCAAGAGUUCAUAUUUCAAGCUGGCAUCUGGAUCUAAAGUCUCUCACAGUAUCCAAAUGCUUCUCGUCCUCCCUAUACUUGUUUUUCUUCCCAGCUAAUGGUUCUGUUAUCUUCGAUCCAAAAAUGUAUUAAAUCAUUUUUUUUACCCUCUUCUACCAGUUUUGGUUUUAGUGUUCAUCUAUUGGAUAUUUAUUGAAAUUUAUUUGUAUCUAUAUAUCUUAUUAUAUAUUGUAAAGAAAAUCAAAGACGUCC